AUAAGGCAAAUUUCUCCAGCAGCAGCACUGCCCAUGGCUUAUCUCCCACCAUGAUGAUGAUUGGCCAUGGGAAAGGAGAGGCUUAUGUGAGGCUGCUGAAGUGUUUCCAGACCUGACUGAACCUCGUGGGCUGUCAGUGCAUAGGGCUGUAUGGAGGCACCAGCUCACACUGGCACUACAUCAGAUUCACAUUCCAGUGCCACAAAGCAGCCAUAAAUCAAGCCUAAUUGGACAACUGUGUACGGCUGUCUGCUUCCUCUUUCCCAUAUAUGGAAUGAGCUGCAAGAUGGGCAGGCCUGUAUUGGAUAAAGUGAUUUGGCAUGAUUUCCAGAAUAAACUGCAGAGUAGUUAGACAAGCCCAGUUUAACAACAGAGAUUCAGCUGUGUGACAGGUAAAGAACACCAUGACAGUCUUUCUAGGGAUUCUUGAGAAUGAAUUGUAGUUUUGGAAGUUUUCCCAUUUUUAAACCUGACUGAAUUAGCAAAAUGUCUGCUCCAAUGCCAGAACUGUGGCAUUACAUCCCAGAAGAAAUCCUUGUCUGAAUAUUAUAUUAUCUUUCUCUUUGAGAUGGACACAGAGUCUUCCAGGUAUGCAGACAAGGGGCUGCAGCUGUUCCUUCCAGCUGUUUGGCACUUCACAGAGGCCAGAAUGGCACCAGCUUCCAUGUGUUCGACCAAGGCCGCUUUGCCAAGGAGGUGCUGCCCAAGUAUUUCAAGCACAACAACAUGGCCAGCUUUGUCCGGCAGCUGAACAUGUACGGCUUCAGGAAGGUGGUGAACAUCGAACAGGGUGGGCUUGUCAAGCCUGAGCGGGAUGACACUGAGUUCCAGCACCUCUGCUUCCUGCAGGGCCACGAGCACCUCCUGGAGCACAUCAAGAGGAAGGUGUCAGUAGUGAAAAGUGAGGAGACCAAGCUGCGCCAGGAGGACCUCAGCAGGUUGCUAUACGAGGUACAGAUACUGAGAAGUCAGCAGGAGAACAUGGAGUGUCAAGUGCAGGACAUGAAGCAGCAAAAUGAAGUUCUUUGGCGAGAAGUUGUUUCUCUCCGGCAGAACCACUCACAGCAACAGAAAGUCAUCAACAAGCUGAUUCAGUUUCUGUUUGGCCAGCUCCAAUCAAGCCCCAGCAGCACUGGGAUAAAGAGGAAGCUGCCUCUGAUGCUUGACAACGGGAUCUCAGCUCCACCAGUGUCCAAGUUCAGCCGGCAUUUGUCUGCAGAGCCCCUCCAUGACCCCUAUUUCAUACAGUCGCCAUCGACAGAGCCUGCCUCUUGCUUAAACAGCCCUGCAAUCACUGGAGGACCCAUCAUAUCUGAUGUUACUGAAGCAUCACCAUCCAACAUCAUGAAUAUGCAAUCCCCUCCUGAAAAUGACAGGGAGAAGUGCCUCAUGCUGAUCAAGGAGGAGCCAGUGAGCCCUGGAGUGAAAGCCAGCGUGGAGCCCGAGGUGCCCCUGCCCGGCUGCAGGGCCUGCUCCGAGCCCCCGGUGCUGCCGGUGGCCAUGGUCCAGUCUGUCCUGGAGGGCAAGGGCAGCUGUGCUGCAGCCCCACCAGGGACCUCCCAGCCACCCGAGAGGAGAGGCAGGAGGGCACUGCUGGACAGAACAGAUAUUUCAGACCCGUUGGAGGGCACUGACUGGAGCCUGGAGGGGCUGCAGCUGCUGCUGAGGAGCCAGCAGUACAGCCUGGAGCCUGCCAGCCUCUUGGAUGUCUUUAAUCCAAAUUUAUCUCUGAGUGAGUGGAAUUUGACUGAAAUGGAAGCCAGUCUGUCCCCGAUGCAGCGACUCACAGUGGAUCUGGAGAAGAGUGCAACUGAGCUGCCUUCAAAAGUGUUUAACCCACAAUUCAACACCACCUGCCCAGGGAAAGAUGUCGUUCUUGAAAGUGCCCAGCAGUUCCUCCUUGACCGUCAGUCCAUCUUUGGGAAUGACCUCAUCAGCUUGCCUGAAAAUUCAUCACUUUAUGUUCCUUCUGAAAAUACAGCUCCCUACAUGUCCCCUGUGGGUGUCCAAGGGGAUAUCCCCCUAAACCUGAGUUCUUCAAUGGACAACAGCCAGCGAUUUAGCUUCCAAGAAACAACUCCCUCUCAACCAUCCAAGCAUCUGCAGGUUUGAAUGUAAAGAAACAAAACUGACUCAGAGGCCCAUAAGAGAGUUUAUUUUUGUGCCCUUUUUUUUUUAAAAUGAAUAGAUGGAAGUGUUCAGUAGCUGUUGCAUUACCCUCCCUGCACCUGGAUUUCAGUGUUUUCAAAAACAAAAUACUACUUCUGGUGCUUGCUCCGAGGUGGAGUGAGAAGUUGCCAGGAUUUUUUUUUCCUUGAAAAUGCUUUAGAAAUUUCAAAUAUUUUAAUAAAAUUUAAGUGAAAAGUAGCUUUAAAGUCCAUCUGAGACUUCAUAAAAUAGUGACCCUGACUAGUGCUCGCAAUGGCAAACUGUUGGGUUUUAUUGGGGCAGCACAGAUUAGCUAAGAUGCCUGACCCUUGUUGAUGCUGGUUUUUCAUUAGGAAAAUAUUUCUACAUGCCAGUCCAAUGCUAUAAAAUAAUUUUUUAAUCCAUUUUCUGGGUUUGAUGGGAUGCACCUGUUCAUCCUAGGGUGAAUAGGAAAAUGAUCUCUUGCAGUGUGUAGAAGCUUGUUUUCUGAGUGACCCCACCAAGAAUGUGCCUCUGGCUCUUAGGGGAGCUGGAGACCAUCACUGCUCCAGGUCUGCAAAACAUCCCAUGCUGAGUUGAGAGCUUUUGUUGUUUGAGAUUUGUUUUGCCCAAAUUUAUUUUCUCUUACAUAAAGGUAGGACACUCUGUACUUAAAAAAUAUAAAAGGGAUAGACUUUUCUGCACACACAAUUUUCCAUGUGCAGAAAGGGCUGAGGGAGUGCACUCUGGGUUUUGGUGCUGGCUAAGUAUUUCAUGUCUAGUCCAUUGGUUUUUUUUUCCCUUGGCUUUGUCCAGUUCUAUUUCCCCUGAAGAAAUGCCUGUUAGUUUAUUGAUGUAUAAAAUCUGAUUAAACAGUUUAAUUUAUUGGAUCCCUUUAUUAGAAGGACUCUCAGCUUCUCAGUGUAGGAGAGAGGCAGAAUGGUUAGCCCACCAUGUCCCACAAACUUUUCUUCUGCCCUUUGUGCAUCUGAGACCAGGCUUAAAGACUGAACUAACCUUCCCCAUCCAUGUGCUUUCUGACAAAUGAGUUUCUCAACAAAGCAGAGCUUUGUUUUUUAUGCUGUAGUUCUAAUGAGAACAUAUUAUUUAUCUCAGUAUCUUCUACCUAAGUUGCUUUUCCUUAGGAAGGUUACCCAAAUGCAGUAGGACAGACCCAGGAAAUUCAAUUAACUCAGGCCUCCUAAGGGCUUAGACAGGGAGGUUUAAACUGUGCCAGUAUUAUUUGAAGAAAUGCUCUGCCUGCCUUCAUUGCUGUGACAAUUCUUGGUUAUGAACCAUAUUUCAUUGUGGUCAAGCAGCAUACACCCCAAGAUGUAUCUAAUCAGUCAGAUGAGUGCAGGCUGAAAAUCUCCUCAGUAAGAUGAGCAUUUUUAAAACGGACCUUCCUGUCACAGCCCUUUCCUCCAUCCAUUUAUCACUAUGUGAACAAAUGUUUUAGUUCAGAAACAUUCACUUUUGAGCACAUUUUUGCCCAGCUGAUUCCUGCACUGGGAGCUCUGUCUCUGCCUUGGUUGUGUGGUCUGUGCAGAAGCGAGGCUGUGAGAGCUCCUGAAUUAAUCCCAGGCACUGUUUUUGUGCUUAGGACUAAGGGAAAACUCCAGCAGCCCCCACUGGCCUGGUAUUUAGAUGAUGUGCUUGAGUGUAUCCUGGACAAGGUUUUUCUUUUUGACAGAUUUGUGCUUAGAAAUUUCACCUAGCUCAGCCCAUUUCCAGCCCAUUUUACCCUUUCCAGCAAUGGAAAGUCGUUGAGUUGCACUCUGUUUACUUCUUUUCUCAUAGGUAAUUGAGAACUGCCUGUGUCUCCUGACACUGACAGUGUAUGUUCAAGAUUUACACCCUUCUCUGAACUUCCACGCUCUAGGUUGCUGUCAUGCUAACACUGAAUGUAUUGAUGCAACAAAGUGUUUAAGCACAUGCUUAACUUCAAGCUCCUGAGUAGUUUGCCUGUAUUUUUAUGGAGCCUGUCACAUGCUUGAGGCUGGGCAUACGCUUGUGUCUGACUGGAUUGUCUGGUUGGGGUUGAGAAAUGAACCCCUGGGGAACUGCCCGUGAGCACAGCCAGGUGCAGCGCGGCCCUGGCUCCGUCUCAGGCUGUGUCCUGCAGGGGAAGCUCCAGCCUGUGCUCGUGGGGUUUUCUUUAGGCUUUUUGCUCUACUAUAAAUGUGAGGUUGGAGCUUGAUGAUGAGACAGGAACCUCCAGGAAGAGCACCUGGGAGCCAUUCCUGGGAAGAAGCAAGCUUGUGUUCCUCGGCUUUUACACUGUUCAUUUUACUUGAUGUGCUGAGACUGCGUUUUUGCACUAUGCUGUACAUUUGUAAAGUUUUACAGAAGACACUAAUUAAACAUGUUUCCUUUUUCUCAUUUA